AUGGAGGCGGCGCACGCCGGUAUAAGAGCACGGAGCGGGGCGUGGCGGUGUCACAGGUGGAGGAUGGAGUCGGUACCGCGGUCGCUGCUGGCGCUGUCCGUGCUGUGUGUUCUGGGGGCUGUGCUGCUCACCAGUGCCGGGAGUCUCCUCCUCAGCGCCAGCCUGCUGCCCGACCUGCCUCGCUCCGGCUCCAGCUCCUCCGCCCGCUCCCCGCUCCUCUCCGCCGGACUCCUGCUGCUCCUCCUGCCGCUCGGGCUAUGGGGCUGGAGGCUGCUGAGCCGCCCGCUGGAGAUGCUGCGGGGCCCGGACGAUGUGGGCUACAUCCCGGAGCGGGGCCGGAGCCGGGCGCAGACCGCAAACAUGGUCCGGAGGAGGCGGAAGAAGGGCGACCUGCCCCCGGUCUACCCCAACGGAUGGUACCAAGUGCUGGACGCCCACCUGCUGGAGCCCGGGGCCGUGCGGAACCUCACCGUGUGCGGUGAACAGAUCGCGGUGUACCGCACCCUGGAUGGCAAAGUUUACGCCGUAGAUGCCUACUGCCCUCAUCUGGGCGCAAAUCUGGCGGUGGGAGGUAGAGUGGUCGGCGACUGCAUAGAGUGCCCAUUCCACGGUUGGCAGUUCCGAGGCGAGGAUGGCAAAUGUACCCGCAUACCCUAUGCUGAAAAAGUGCCAGAAUUCGCCAAAAUUAAGACGUGGCCGUGCUGCGACCUCAACGGGAUGGUGUUCGUCUGGUAUCACUGCGACCGGAUGGAGCCCACGUGGAACGUCCCCGAGCAGGAGGAGAUCACCACCAAGGAGUGGAUCUAUAGAGGCCGCACCGAGCACUAUGUCAACGCUCAUAUAGAGGAGAUCCCGGAGAAUGCGGCCGACAUCGCUCACCUCUCCUUCUUGCACGAACCCAGUAUACUGAGCGGGGUCGACCUCCGGUACACAAAGUCAAGGAUUUGGCAUUUUUUUAAGCAUUCCUGGAAGGUCCAGUGGGAGCCAGAGGCGGCCCCCAACAAGCACUGCUCCAGGAUGAUCCUGCAGCACACGUCUCUGGUCUUCGGAAAGCACUUCUCCCUGCUUGAUGUGGACGUGGUGGCCCGACAGGUUGGUCCCGGCAUAGUCUUCCUGUAUUUCGAGCACUCCUUCCUGGGCAGAGGGAUCAUCCUGCACUGUGUGACCCCCGUGGAGCCUCUGCUGCAGAAAGUAUCUCACAGUAUCUACUACCAGAAGAGUCUCCCGGCCAUCAUCCCCAAGUUCAUUCUGAAGGCUGAGUGCAUCCAAUUUGAGCGUGACGUGAUGAUCUGGAACAACAAGAAGUACAUUUCCAAGCCGCUUCUGGUAAAGGAGGACUCCGCCAUCGGGAAACAUCGCCGCUGGUAUUCCCAGUUCUACAGCAACAACAGCCCCAAACUUACUUUCCAAGAGGAUGGCCUGGAAUGGUGAAGAGGAUUGUACUAAAACCCCCCAAAAAAUUCCUUACCGUCCUUUUUAGCGUCUUAUCAAAUAUUUAUUGACUUGAUAAAAGACUGAUACAUGCGAUAUGUAAACCACCACUAGGUGGAGCACUAGAGCCUGAUGAGCGGACGCAGUAUUGCAACCCUUGGUUUGCGGUCACUUUCACGGUGUUAACAAAGUGGCUGAUUUGGAGUUUCUUCCGAUUUCCAUUUAAAGGGGUCCAGGUGUAGAAAAACGGAGCUAAUUUCUUCCAUAAAACAGCACCACCCUUGCCCUAAGGAUGUGUGUGGUAUUGCAGCUCAGUUUCAGUCAAGUAAAUGGAGUCAAGUUGUAAUACCACACACAACCUGAGGACAGGGGUAGCGCUUUUUUUUUUCUUUUCCUGGAUAAAUCCUUUUUAAAGUGCCUUGUAUUAUGUCAAUCUAUGAACACUGUGACCCAUGUUUUUCCUUCAUUAUUACUAUAAUGUGCUAAAGGGGACCCUCCUCCUCCUGUACUGGGGUCUGCAAUGUUUUUUUUUUUUGGUACCACCGGGUCUUAGAUCAUCAUCAAGUCGUUGUUGCUGGAUGUAAGGGUAACGGACACUACCCUGCGGCCAAAAAAAAGCUUGCUUUAGACUAAAAACUUCAUGUAGAGGGUGGAACCUGUAGGCCACACCCCCGAGGAGCUGUACUAAUGCAGUAUGACUGUACCAAUAAGCCUGUGCCUUUUUUUGCAUUGGAUUUUUUUUUAGUUCAUUAAGGGUUAAACUGUGCCAGGAAUCAUGGGAUAUGUGCCUUGUCAUAUUUUUUUAAUGUUUUUUUUUGUAAAUAUUUAUAUUUUUUCGUGGACAUUUUGUACUGUGAGUUCUAUGUAUGACUAUAUGUAUGUGGCUAUAUGCUGUGUAUAUACAUAUAGACUCUCUAGGCCGGAGUCAGGUGACACUUAUGGGUUGGAGGGUGACGGGAGGAGGUCGGGGAUGAUCUGAUAAGGCCGGACUCUACCUCCCAAGCUCGUGCCAGGUGUUUGCUCGGAGUCGGAGGACCUUUGUCCUGGUAGUUGUAUCUCUGUGUGUACAUAAAUGUCGUCAGCCGGGGGUCAUGUGACUGAAGACUUCCUCCUGUAACGUUCGCUACUUCUUCCUCUUUAUCUUGUAUCUGGCUCCGGAACACAACACCCAAUAAAGAUGUU